GAAGGAAGGGAGCGCGGCGUUGGGCUGCCUGGAUGAAAGCGCCGGCGAAUAAAGCAGGCGAGCGAAUGGCAAGGCUGGCAGAGAGAAGCCGAGAUGUCUCCGAAGCCAAGAUGCCAGUGACUGUCAGCGAAGUCUGCUGAGGGAGAGAGCCGUGCGUGCCCGCGUUUCCAGAGCCAGCCGGGGAGGGUAUGCUUUAACCACGGUUUCAAACAGCAGCAGCAGCAGCAGCCAGCAACAACAACAGAUUGCUCCCCCCUCUUGCUCCCUCCCCCUCGACCCCGCUUUAAACCCAAGCAAGUGACCGACCAUUCAGACGACGAUGCUCUUGCUGAGCCGCUGACAAAAGACAAGUCACCCAUUCCUGUAAACGGGACAACUGGCUGCUUGCAAGUGGGAGAUGUCAAGCUGUUGAACUUUUCUGCUCUGUGACGAUGCUGUGGUGAGCUUGCUGAUCUAAAAGCCAUCUCUUCUGGAUUUCUGAGCUGGCCGGAUUGCAAGAGAUUAAUGGACUGAUCAGCCAUCAGGUUUCUUCAGGGGGAUACAUCCCUUCAGCCCCUGUCACUCGGGUGCUCGUGGUGAGGGAAGCAGGACAUCUUUGUGUAGGUGGGUCACUGGCUCGCUCCCAUUGGAGGUGCAAGGCUGUGUUUCUCCUCGCCAGGUCUCCUCUGUAGAGGAGGAGAGGCAGAUGAGACUCCAGGACUGCCUCCAGGGCAGAACUUUGUAGCGCUCUCAGCAUCCCUCUGCAGUGUGGAUGUGAGCCACGGGAGUUGGGGAUGUUUGAGGCAGACUCUGCCAAGUGACACCUAACUCCAGCUGCUCUGGAGGUUUUUGCGUGGUCUCACACCCAAGGGCUUUGCCUGUUGUGAAGAUGUCCAUGGUGUUUCUGUGAAGCUGAGGUAUGGCUGCUGGAAGGUUACUGCUGUAUGCUGGCCUGUCUUUAGCUCUGUGUGCCCUGGGCAUGCUGGCUGUGGCAAUCUGCUCUGACCAUUGGUACGAAACUGAUGCCAGGAAGCACAGAGAGAGGUGCAAGAGCAUCACCACAAAGAGAAAUGAUCCUGGCUUCAUUUAUAACUCCAACAACAACCUGCCUCUCAGGGCCAGCAGGUCUAGGUUGGACCGCUGGGAAGGGAAACUCCUCUUGGCAAGAAACAGGAGGCAGAUCUUUGCUAUGAGCGCAGUCGACGAGUGCAACAGACAGUACAACUCGACCAACAUGGGGCUCUGGAGGAAAUGCCAUCGACAGGGAUUCGACCAGGAGCUGGAGGAGCUGAUUGCCAAAGGAGCAAUUGAGCGGUGCUCGUACAUCAAGUACCACUACUCCUCAGCGACCAUUCCCAAGAACCUCACCUACAACAUCACCAAGACAAUCCGCCAGGACGAGUGGCACGCCUUGCAUCUGCGCAGGAUGACAGCUGGCUUCAUGGGCAUGGCUGUGGCCAUCAUCCUCUUUGGAUGGAUUAUCGGGGUGCUGGGGUGCUGUUGGGAUCGAGGCCUUAUGCAGUAUGUGGCGGGGCUUCUCUUCCUCAUGGGAGGAACCUUCUGCAUCAUUUCACUGUGCACGUGCGUGGCUGGAAUCAACUUUGAGCUCUCCCGCUACCCCCGCUACCUGUAUGGACUUCCCGACGACAUCAGCCAUGGCUAUGGCUGGUCCAUGUUCUGUGCGUGGGGGGGCCUGGGCCUCACUCUUAUCUCUGGCUUCUUCUGCACUCUGGCCCCUUCUGUCCAACCUGUCCCCAGGACCAACCACCCCAAAUCUAGACCUGAGAAUGGGACAGUGUGCUAAAACAAAUAGCAAACGAAUACACACACACACAAAAUACAUAUAUAUAUAUAUAUGUCUGUGUAUGCCUAUACAUGCAUAUAUAUGUAUAUAUAAUUAUAAAUAUAUAUAAAAUCUCAAAUUAAUGCCAGUGCCAAGGUAGAGCUGAGUCCAACACGGCACUCACAUCUCCACUGGACUCUGUGUUGCUUCAUUCUUUCUCACAGUAAUGGGAAAGCUUUUCUCUCACAUGGCUCUUCCAUCCAACUUUUAACUUCGGCAUCAUACCUUAGAGGUCAAAUGAACCUACAGUUGCACCUACCUACUGCCAUUUGGGAAGGGGAACAGGGGAUCCAUAUGGGGAAUCUGGAACCAGAAUCUGUACAGGACAUGGUGGGGGUGGGGGCGUGGGAGGGGAAAUGACACAAAAAGCGUGUCCAUUGCAGCCAGAAGGGAAAAUACAAACAGCAAGCAAAGGAGCAAAUGAAGCAUUUGAACCACCUCAACGACGUACCUCCUCAAGGCCACUAUCAGAAACCCACCCACUUUCUUUUUCUUUCUUAAAACAAAAUGACAGAAAGCCUGUCCUGUCACUGGUUUUGGGGUUUUGUUGGGUUUUUUUUCCCUUAAAACACAGAAAACAAAACAGACAAAACAUGUGAGGAAAAGCAGACAAGCAUUUUCUCUUUGCCUGCCAAACUUUAGAGAGAAGCAAACAAGUAAAAAAAAAAAAAAGUAAUAAACCCCUACAGAUUUAAGAAAAUAAAACCAGAAACAGCAACAACAACAAAAAACUCCAAGAGGACAUCUCAGCGGACUUUCCAACAAUGCGGUUUUAAUCUUCCAGCUGCCUUACAUCCAGGCUUACAACUGAGGCUGAACUGCUAAUGUAAAUGCAGCAGAAGGCCUUUUGAAAAUGCUGUGAUACAUGUGUGUAGAACUUUUUCUUCCCUCUUCCUUUAUUUAUUUUUUUUAACAAAAAGAAAAAUUUAAAACAUUGCAAUGUGAUUGUCCACCAAACCAUCCAUGCUGUGUUUGUGGCCCAAGACUGAGGCACCGCAACGGCAGAAACGUGAGGAAAUCCGUCAGGCCUGAGACAGCACAUCUUCUCUGAUGGAUCUUGGGAUGUUUUUUUUGUUUUCACGGAGCACCUGAGGGUUCAGGAUGGUGGAUCCAGAGGAAAACCGACUAACGAGAAGGGAGGUGGGGGGAGCCCUGGCAGUUGUUCUUCCCAGAUAUUUGCUGGAAUGGGAUUUCAUCAAGUUUCCAUUUUGGAGGUUUAAGACAACUGGGCAAAAGCCAUUGCUGAGGAGGAAAAGAGAGCUAAUUUCAGUAAGAAGGAAGUAAGAGAUGCCUCUCAUUGUGUUCAUGUAUGCCAAAUAAGACCUUCCUACAUCUUGUCUUUGGAAACUGGAUCACUGGAUAUCUCCACUCUCCAUCUGGGAGAACUGUGUACAGAUGGACGUGAAAGGGUCAGAUGCAGAGAACAGAGAUCCAUUUCCCAUGAGCUUAAGCAUUGUAUGAUAUAACUGUGAAUCUGCAAAUGGAACUCUCUCUCUUUUUUGGUCUUUCUCUUUUUCCUGCUACUCCUCUCCCUAUUGUCUCCUUUUUCCUUCACUCUGCUCUUCCCGUUGUUCAGGUCAUAGGUCCCAGAAGAUCUAAAUGAACAGCUAAGUCUGGAGAGGUGGGUGAAUGCCAUUAGAGGAAGGAAAGCAUUUUGGCUAUGAGGACACCGAGUCCUUGCAGGGGAUCAGUGGCUCAGGGGAAUGUGGGGAAGAAGGGCCAAGGGUGUAACCAAAGGGACUGAAGAAGGAUGACUGAAUUGCCAUGUGCAGGAGUGAGGGCACCACUGACAAAUAUACAGACAAAGGGAGACAGGACAAAGAAAAAAGGUCUCCCCUAAACCAACCCAACCCAACAUGCUCUUAAUUCAGGGAUAGUACCAGCAAUCCUUUUGUACAUGAUAGCUGCAUGCCAUCAUGAGUCAAUAAAAAGUCAUCCUCUGCAUCUAAAAAAUCUCACAAGGAGAACAAGGCAACCUAUUGAGGCUGUACCUGCUGCACAGAAAUGCAGGCAUUAAUUUCCAGGUCAUACCAUUUACUUAAGCUGGCAAGAAACAGUAUUGCUUGGUUUAAAAAAAAUCUGGCUAACAAAUAAUUCUUACACAAUACAAUUCCAUAGCCAGCUAUUCUCCUUGCAGCCCCUCUUCCCCUUUACACCUUGUGUGAUGAUGUUGCUGUAUUAACUGUACCCCGAGAAAUGAAGUUUUUUGAAGGGCAUGUUGGAGUAGGGUAGAUUUGGGAUCCUUUCCUUCUUUCUCAACUACCUAGCUUUUGCUUUUCGUUGUCUACAAUUUCCCCAAACAUGCCAAUGCCAGCUGCUAAGUCAGUGUGUUGCCAAUGAAGUGCCAUCCCUGUCAACUGAAGUUUCAUAAUUUCAUUUUCCAUUAGAUGUGACCAGAGAAAUUAUUUAUUUAUUCAUGUUGAAAAUACAAGCCUUGAAGAAACUUCCUGUAUAAGUAGAUUGGUUUAUUUAUUUUUUUCUGGCAAGGUUUUCAAAUAGAGUGGUUUUGAAAAGUUUUGAAACCAUUUGACUGUGCAAGUGCCUACUUGGUAAGGAGGAUGAUAAAUUACCAUUGAACAGAAGAAGGAAAUUUAAAAUAAAAACAGUCUUGGAAAGCUAAAUGAAAGCUGAAAGCAGAAAACCAAUAACUGGAAACCAAGAGAGACCUAUAAAAAAUUGUUCAUUUCUUUGAGAUACGAAAAAUUUUGCAAAAAAGCAACUUCCCAUUAAGAUAUUAUUAGGAAAAUUAUAGCUGUUUCAUUAAAACAGCUUUGAAUGCAGACUUUCUUCCUCCUCUGCAGGGCUGAGUGUGAUAGGGAAGGUGUUUCAUGUGAAUACAGAUAUCUGGAGUGACCCAGGUAAACCAAAGUGCACAGAGGUAUCUAGCUGGAGUCCACCAUCAGGCCCUGUGGCAUGGAAAGCAGUACAGCAGCUCCUGUGAUGAUGUAUCCUUGUGUGGUCCAUGAGUGCUCAUAGGGUGUAUUUUUCUACAGAUACAGUUUUGAAAGAGGUAUAGCAGUAAGAUUUAAAGAAAUUGAAGAAGUAAUUUUGCUGUUUCAUGGAUUUUCAAAGCUUUGCUUUCUUUCUGCAGCUGGUACAAAAACAGUUUUGCCUUGAUGGAGUAUUCUGUGAUAGUGUUGGUUUACAAGCUAUAUAUGAGCCUGUGUGUCCAUCUGUGUGUGGCAAUGGUGGAAGAGGGUUAUGAUUAUUUUCAUUGUCAACAGAAAAGUGUUAACCCCGGAUCAUUGGGCCAGUUCUGUGAUUUUCCACUUGCUGUAGCACAGGUUCUGUAAGGCCUUUGUGGCUAUGGAGCAUCUUAAAAGCUAUGGGAAUAUCUGAAGCAGCAGGUGAUCAUAUCACCUUAAUCUCCAACUGGAUCCCCCAAAACAGUUUGGACUGGUUGUCCAAACACUAGUUUUCUCAUCAAUGCUUUAAGUAAGGGCAAAACCCCCUUGGGAUAUUGUGAAUUUUCCUCUGUGGUACUCAUAGAACUGGGAGGAGUCCCACGUGCUUCCAUACCCUUGAACGGGGCUCACAGCCCCACCACACUUUCUGUUGGCUCAGACUCGUCUUUAGAGCAGGGUUGACUCAAAAUACACCUAGAUCCAAAUUUGUGAUGGUUAGUGUCUCCAUCUGUCCUGAGCCAAAGCACACUCACAUCUAGUCUGAGUUUCUGCAUUUUGGGGAGGCUUUGAAAUAUCCUUCUGAACAGAGAUUCAAGCUUUUUGACUAGUGCGUGGUUUCUUAGUUGGAGGAGUAGCUAAUUAGAAAUCUGUUAUCUGUUAUCCCAGCAUUAAGGGGCUUGACCCCAUCCCUCAGAACCGCUCUGGCCAAGUGCCUAGGCAUGUGCUUUACUUGGAGCAUGUGACUAAUCCCCUUAACUUUGGUAGACUAUUCAUAUGCUUAAAGUUAAGAAUGUGCUUUCCCGGGUGACAUUCAGCUUCCUGCAGAGUCCAACCCCCACUCUUCUUUUCCUAUCCUCCCCCUGCAGAUAAAGUGACACUCUUGUCCUAACCUGAGGUAUCAGCAUGUGCUUGACCUCCCUUUCCAUGAGGUGGAAAGGCAGGGUCCAUAUCUGGCAGGUUCUUUCCCGCAUGUGGCCUUUCAUGUUGCACUGCUGGGACAACACUUCUCUGUGCUCCAGAGAUCAUGGAGUCACUUGACUGCAGUGAACACAGAUAUCACAAAACACCUAUCCCAAGGAUGCAGGAUGAAUUGUCUCAACCCACUGCACUCUGCAGGCUGAGGUUUUGUGUAGGUGACCCUCAGUUAUUGUACAGUGACAUUGCCCUUUGACUGCAGCGAGUCAGCUCCAGGGGUUCUGCUCUCCAUCCCUGCCGGGGACACUGGAUAUGAGAGAGGGCUACAUGGCAGGAGAACAUGUGAUAUGUGCCCUGUAUCUUAUGUACUGUA